AUGUCUGAUUAGAUUACUAAUAAAAUUCUUGAAUCUUAUGGGUAUUAUCAUCUUUUAUUCCAAAGUUUUAAAGGAGCUUAGCCACAAUUUAAAAGUAUUAUAUAUCCUAUUGAACAAUUAAAACACUCUAUAGAGGAUCAUCAAUUAAAAUAAAUCUCUCCUGAAUUAUAAUAAAUUUUAGAAAGUGAAAGAGCCAGAGAGAUGGUUUAAAAAAGAGGCAUUACUCUUGAUAGAACCAAAGAAUUCUUUUAAGAAAAAAUUAAGGAAUAUAAUGCAAUUAUUGAUUUAUAACAUUUAAGAUCUGGGUAGUCUUAUGUAACUCCAAAAAAAGAUAAUGUUUUCAAAAGACAUACAGCAGACUAGGGAGAAAUCACAAAUUAUCAUUUUGUCUUAAAUUGGCAAAAUUUGAAUUUGGUAUUUGAUGAAAUAGAAAAUUCAAAUAAAAGAGGAAAAUCAUAGCUUCAAUCAAGAACACCAGAUCAAUCUUCAAGUCAAAUAAGUAAACCUUAAAUAUCCAUCAAAACUACAAAUAAAAAAGGAGGUUUAGUCAAUAGAUUAGAUAAAAAGUUCAAUGAUUAUGAUACGAAAAUGUCUUAAUCAAUUGCAACAAAUUUACCAGAAUCAAGACGAUUUUCUAUGUUUCUAGAAACUCCACAAUAAAAAAGUAAGAAAAUUAUAGGAAAUUAACUAGUUAAUAGAAGAAAUAGUCUAAAUCCAUAAGCAGUUAAAAAAUAUGUGAAAUUUCAUAACUUUAUGAGAACUGUUAAUGUUUUAACAAAUAAACCUGAAGAAAAGAUAGAGUCUGAAAAUAGAUAAGUUGAAUUUUAAUUCAUAUAUUUAGGAUUUGAUAAAAACAUAUAUCAAUGACGCAUUUAAUAAAGAAAGAUAACCUACAGAUGUUUCUUAAAGAGAAAGAGCAAAGUCUUAAUAAGAAAAUAGAAAAAGGAAUAAAUAGAUGUUAGAAUAAUUCAAUUAAUUGAAUCAAACUUGUAGUAUUUAACAUCAAACAUUUGAUAUUAUGAAUAAUGAUAUACCAAUUUAUGAUGAUAUUUGUAAUAUUAUAUGAUAAUUAGAGUUUAAAAGUGUUGAUCACAAUUAGAUUAAAUAGAAUUAAGAAAGAAGGAAUAGGAUAGUUUAAUCAGUAAAUUCAAGAAUGCAACCAAAAUAUAUACAUUUAGGUGGAAGUAGAUAUGCUGUAAAAAAUAAUUUUUCAAAUUAAUAAAAUUAUUAAUAAACAAUCAAUACCUUAUUAGUGAAUUAAAUUAAAGAAGAAUUUAAGAAAUUAAAAUCUUUUGAUGAUGGAAUUGAUUUAGAAGUUUUGGAAGGACCUCCUAAAAAAAUUGAUUAUCAUUCUUCUAAUCUGAAUUAAGAUUACAAUGAUGUAAAAGUAUCAAAAAUUGUAUAGAAAAUGAAAAGAUGA